AUGACUAACACUGGCGGCGAGGUGUUCGACGAAGUUCUGAACGCCCCUUCAUCAUCCAGUCUGACAACGGACAAAUUCGCUGUCUUGAGUGACUUCAAAGCCCGAGUAAACGCAAACCAUGCAAAAUGGCAAGAAGUACUUGGGUCAUUGCAACAGUACGAAAAAAAUGCCUUCUCAUCGCCAACACCAUAUUUCGGCUCACCAUGGAUGUAUCCGCGAUCUCGCCAGUGGCAGCUACCGGACUAUGCCCGCGUCCGGAAGCUCAGAUGCCGUGACAUUCCUAUAACAAAGACGGGACAUGGUGCCGAAUGCCGGACUGAUCAUCUUCCUUUCUUUUAG